AUGCCAUCGGUAUUCUUCAUCGGCGCCACCGGAUAUGUGGGAGGAUCUGUGCUCGUGAAGAUCAGAGAGCGUUUUCCCGAUUGGCCUAUCACCGCGCUCGUGCGGAAAGAGCAACAUGUCGACGCUGUACGUGCGACGGGCGUCGAGGUCGUACAGCCUUUGGCGAGCAAAGACCAGUAUCAGGUCAUCGCGGAGGAGGUGUACAAGGCGGAGUUGACCAUCAAUGUCGCGGAUUGCGACGAUGUGAAGCUCUGCGAGUCUAUUCUAGGCGCGAUGAAGAAGAAAGUGGAGGAUGGGAAGCCGAAGGGCGUGUUCCUGCAUACGAGCGGCGCGAUGCUGUUCAACGACCUGAGCGCCGAUGGGAACGCGGUGGAUGGUUCAUACUGGAACGAUAACAGCGAGGAGGACAUGAAGAACAUAGACCCGGAUGCCCUUCACGGACCUGUCGACACAAGGGUGCUCAAAGCAGGAGAAGAAGGUUAUGUGACGAACUACACCUUGUGCCCAGCAGCUGUUGUGGGGACUGGUUCAGGCCCCGUGAAAGUCCCGUCUAUCUUCGUCAAGAUGUUGAUCCAGUACUUCACCGCGGCAAAGCGACCUCUAAUUGCUGCCGAGGGCACCAGCAGGUACAACUACGUGCACAUUGACGAUCUGGUGGACCUGUAUCUGCGCCUGCUGGAGGUGAUCGUAUCUGGGGAACAGGCGAACGAUAGCUCCUAUGCCCGUUAUUACAUCGGUGACAGCACGGAGAUCCCGUUCAAAACCGUCGCGGAGGUGUAUGGGACGGAGCUCACCCGCCUGGGUCUGUUGCCUACUGCCAAAGUGGAGAGUAUACCAAGAGCUCAAGUUGACGGGAGGGCACGCGUAUUCGGUGCGGACAUGCGUAUACGCGGAGAUCGCGCUCAUGCCUUGGGGUGGAACCCCAGACCAGUGGACAUGAGGGAGACCAUAGUGGAGGAUAUCAAAGUGGCUCUGGAGGCCAUGGGUCUGGAGCCGAAGGCAAAGGCGUAA